AUGCAUCCUUUGGAUUUAAGUCCGCAUAAAUCUUUACUUCCAACUAAAUUUCCAGAGUUGGAACUGCCGACAAGGACGCGGAAUUUAAGUGAACGUCAAAACAAUAACAUACCCAAUUACAAUAGGAGGAUAGCUACUGAUCAAGGCAAACGAGGACGGCCGCGAGCUGAUUUAUUAACGGCUUUAAUGGUUGAGGGUUCUAGCUCUCGUUCACGGAUACGGUGUAAUAAAUGUGGUCGUGUGUUUCCAAGGGAAAAGUCCUUACAGGCACAUCUGAGAACUCACACAGGUGAACGGCCGUAUACAUGUGACUAUCCAGGAUGUAUGAAGGCCUUCUGUCAGAGUGGGCAGUUGAAAACUCACCAGCGUCUACACACUGGAGAGCGACCUUUCAUCUGCAUUGUGGAAGGGUGCAAAAGCCGUUUUACUCAUGCCAAUCGACACUGUAGCCAGCAUCCAUAUGCCAGCUUGAAGCGUUUAGAAAUGAAAUUGGAAGAUGUAGCCAGACUUUGUGAAGCUGAAUCGAAUCCAGAAGUCAUUAAGUGGAUCAACAGGUAUGUUAAGCAUUGUCAAGAAAGAGCAAACCCAAAACAACCUUUAAAGAAAAUGCUACAUUCAUCGGACAGCAUAGAUAACACAUCUAAGGAUGCCCACACAUACGAUGAAGGGUCCUCUCACAACUGGUCUUUACCAAGCAUCAUGUCAGACCUCACACCCAGCACACCAUCUCCACUCUCUCCAGUGGCUCUGACAUCAACAAUACUCCCACAGCCCCAGAUGAUAUCCAGUCCCAUAUCCAUGUCAACAUUGAUGUCAAGACAGCCCUCAGCUUCAUCGUCAUCAUCAGGGGUGUCAUCAAUGUCAGAAUCAUCUAAAUGCUCAAUGCCACAGAACCUUGCACCAUCAGAGAACCUAACUGAUAUUCACCAUUUCAUUUACUCCAGUCAAAUGAUUUUACAGGGGCAAUACAAUGACACUGCUGAAUCAUUGAGUCCCAUACUCAGCCCCUACCGCAACACAUCUCCAACAGUUCCUGAGCUAAGCUUACCUGAUUACAGAACACUACCACCAAAUAACCUGGCUCAUGUGAGACCUUUGAAAUCUUAUGCAUCAUUGCUUACCAAACAGAUAACACCUUCCUUAUCUAGCAGACUUUCUGCUGUGGCUCCACCUAGUAAGCCCCCUACCCCUACAUCGUUGAUUAGCCUACUUUCCACAGCACAGCCAAUUAAAUCACUUGCCCCGGCACCAUCUAAGCCAAUAAUUUAUAAACAGCCAACUACAUCACCAGCAACGUUGUUUCCUAAAGUAACUGUGUCAUGUAAAACACCUCUGCUGGAGCAGGUUUCUAAAGUUAAGGCACUUCCACUGUCAUCUGGAUCCUUGAACUAUACUUCAGUAGAUCUUGAGGUACCAGAGUCAAAUUUUGCCGAGACAAGCAGAUCAAUCAGUUACAGAACCACUCCAAAGAAUAGAGAAAAAGACAGAUAUAUUUCAGCACUUGCUCUCAUUGAACUUUCAAAAGGAUAG